UUGGAGGAGGGCGAUCACUUGCCUUUGGAGGUUAUAUUUCUUGCUGUGGCUCUGUCUCUUGUCUUUCUGCUUCUGCCCGCUAUGAAUUGACUAUCUUUCCUCUGCAAUGCCCUUCCAACGUGCAACUUCCAGGCGGCAGCCGGCUGAUCACGGAUGAAACUUCUGAAAUUCCUAUGGUUCAUUGGCUUCAAGGCAGAAAUGUCAUAACACGAUGGGAUGGAACAAAACUGCUCAAUUAAUUGCAAGCAAGAAGCAGAGCAGGAGACCAGUGCACAGAGCUAGUGAUUCCCAGGUAACAGUGAUGGAGAACAGGACAGAAGUGACAGAGUUCCUCCUGCUGGGACUGACCGAUGACCCACGCUUGCAGCUUCCCCUCUUCAUAACCUUUCUCCUCAUCUACACCAUCACUGUGCUUGGGAACCUGGGGAUGAUCCUGCUGAUCCUCCUGGACGCUCAUCUGCACACCCCCAUGUACUUCUUCCUCGGUAACCUGUCUCUGGUGGACUUUGGAUACUCUUCUGCUGUCACUCCCACGGUCAUGGCUGGGCUGCUGACAGGAGACCAGGUCAUUUCUUACAGUGCUUGUGUUGCUCAGAUGUUCUCUUUUGCACUUUUUGCCAGUGUGGAAAAUUAUCUCCUGGCCUCGAUGGCCUAUGAUCGCUACAUAGCAGUGUGUAAGCCCCUGCAUUAUGCUUCCGGAAUGACAACAAAUAUAUGUACAUGGCUGAUUAUAAGUUGUUAUGCCAUCGCCUUCCUGAGCGCCUCCACCUACACUGGGGACACAUUCAGUCUCUCCUUCUGUAAAUCCAAUGUGAUCCAUCAUUUUUUCUGUGAUAUUCCAGCAGUCAUGGUUCUUUCUUGUUCUGACAGACAUCAUAAUGAGCUGGUUCUUGUUUACGUUGUGAGCUUCAACAUCUUUUUUGCCCUCUUAGUUGUCUGGAUAUCCUACAUUUCCAUUUUUACCACAGUUCUAAGGAUGCGCUCAGGGGCAGGACAUUGGAAGGCCCUGUCCACCUGUGCCUCCCACCUCACCGCAGUCUCCAUCUUCUACGGGACCGUCAUCUUCAUGUACCUGCAGCCCAGCUCCAGUCACUCCAUGGAUACGGACAAAGUUGCCUCUGUGUUCUACACCAUGGUCAUCCCCAUGCUGAACCCACUGGUCUACAGCCUGAAGAACAAGGAGGUCAACAAUGCAUUCUUAAAGGUCAAGAGUAGAUUCAUCUGGUGGAAAAAAUAAUUUUUAAGGUUUUGGUUUUGGGUCUGAGCAGUUCAUGAGUCCUAGAUUUAUUCCUCAGACCUGCACUGUGUGUCAAGUCAC